GCCAAAAGAAAAAAAGGAAGUUGCAGAAAAAAUGUAUGGAAAGCAAAGUUUGGAGGAAAACCAAUUAAGGGUUGAGCUGGAGAAUUGCUCUGGUUUACCUUGUCCAGAUACCAAUGUCUUAUUGGGCACGGUUGCUUGCCAAGAAAAAGAAGUGUGUUCAAGGUGUGCGAAAACACUCCGAGAUGGAUCGGGAUUAUGUGACUGUUGUAAAAGCUCUGCUGGAGAGAAACAAGAUGAAAGCAGGCAAUGCUCCAGAAGGACCCUUCCUCCUCCUUUACAUGAAAGAACACAAGAAGGAGGGGAAAUAUACAAAUGUACGGAUUGUGCAGAAAGCUUCAGUACAAGCCGCUCUCCUGCAUUGCAUAAAAAUAUUCACAAAGCAGAGAAUCCACACAAAUGUCUGGAUUGUGGAAGGACCUUCAGGCAGAAAAAUCAUCUUAAUUCACACAAGAAGGUCCACGAAGAGAGGAAGCAGCAUCAAUGCAUUCAUAGGGGAAACAGCUUCGGAAGCAGCGCCUCCCUUACUUCCCAUCAAAGCCUCCACAGAGAGGAGAGGUUUCAGCAACGCAGGGAGGGUAGAAGGAGGUUUAUUGGGAGCAGGGAACCGAAUUCCCGGAAAAAAAGCCCCACUGAGAAGAAAUCAUGUAAAUGCCUGGAAUGUGGGAAGAGCUUCCGCUCUACAAGUAAGCUCACUUCCCAUAAGAGGAUCCAUACAGGGGAAAAGCCGUAUCAUUGCACAGUGUGUGGAAAGAGCUUCACCCGAAAAGGCUACUUCAAUUUACAUAAUAGGAUCCACACUGGAGAGAAGCCGUGUAAAUGCACAGAGUGUGGAAAAUGCUUCAGGACCUCCACUAACCUUACUUGCCAUAAGAAGAUUCACACAGGGGAGAAACCCUAUGAAUGCUUGGAGUGUGGAAAAAGCUUCACCACAAGUGGUGCUCUAACCUUACAUAAUUGGAGGCAUACAGGGGAGAAACCUUAUAAAUGCCUGCACUGUGGAAAGAGCUUCAGUCAAAAAGGUUAUCUUAAGGAACACGAGAGGAUCCACACAGGGGAAAAACCAUUUCAAUGCAUGGAGUGUGGAAAGCGCUUCUGUACUUCAACAAGGCUUAUUUCCCAUCACAGAAUCCACACGGGGGAGAAGCCCUUUCAAUGCCUGCAGUGUGGAAAGUGCUUCAGUCACCCAAGUAGUUUUACUCUCCAUAAAAGGAGUCACACGGGUGAAAAGCCUUACAAGUGCAUCGAAUGUGACAAAUCCUUUGCUGAUUUGGGGUCUCUCUCUCGUCACAAAAGGCUCCACACUGGGGAGAAACCAUAUGAAUGCUGCACAUGUGGAAAGAGCUUCAAUGAAAAAAAAAGCUAUAUCAUACAUAGCAGAACCCACACUGGGGAGAAACCAUUUCAGUGCCAGGAGUGUGGAAAACGCUUCAGGGAUUCUGGAGUACUGACGAACCAUAAAAGGAUUCACACAGGCGAGAAACCCUAUAAGUGCACAGAGUGUGACAUGAGUUUCCAUCAAUCUAGUAACCUUGGUACCCACAAGAGGAUCCACACUGGGGAGAAACCCUAUAAAUGCCUGGAGUGUGGAAAAUGUUAUAAUCGGAGUGGCAAUCUUUCCUCCCACAUGAGGAUCCACACAGGGGAGAAGCCGUAUCAGUGUGUGGAGUGUGGAAAGAAAUUCAGAACCGGUACUAACCUUACUCAACAUAAGAAAACGCACAGCAGGAAAAGAUGACCUGAACUGGUUUGUGUUGAUUCUCAACAUUUGCUUAAUGCCCCUAGGAGUGUUCCAGGAGAAUCUGUAGAGACCCUUGCAGUAUUGGAAGGGCUUCCGAAGCAGCAGAAGCUUUUUGAUCCAUUAAAAAUAAGAGUUGGCUUGUAUAACUAGGAACUAACUUUUGGACAUUAGAUCUUUGUGCUAGAGUCAAAUAGAAUAGAAAUUGAAUAGAAAUAAUAAUAGAGUGGGGUGGGAUGGGAUGGGAUGGGAUGGAACAGAAAUAGAAUAGAAACGGAAUAGAAACACAGUAUGUAAAACUAAUCCUCCAGAAAGCAAGACUUUUUGGCAAACCAAGCAUGUCUUGCUUCAAACUCUUCUUCUCCCAGCUACCCUUUCUCUCUUGAUCAGCUUUGGUGACCUACUUGUGCAGGCAAGCACUUACACCAACAUGCACGCAUAACUCCUUCUCUCCUCCUCUCUCAUACAAUCAGACACACAAAGUCUUAGGUUUUAGUUUUCUGAGCUCAAAAUAUGAAUAUUGCAUCCAGUUUUGGUCGCCACGAUGUAAAAAAGAAGUUGAGACUCUAGAAAGAGUGCAGAGAAGAGCAACAAAGAUGAUUAGGGGACUGGAGGCUAAAUCAUAUGAAGAACGGUUGCAGGACAUUUAA